AUGAUAAGCAUCAAACUGAUUGAAGAACUCUAAAAAAAUCUAUAUUAAUUAAAAUUUAAUUUUGUUCAAUAACUAGAUUAAUUAAUUGGAAAUGUAGAUGAAUCGAUCAAAUAUGUAUUAACGAUUGGAUAAUAAAAUGUUACUUAUAGUUAUUAUGAAGAAUUGGAAAAAUUAAUUAUCGACAAAAAGUUGGAUUAAUUUAAUCUCCAACCAUUAAUUGAUCAAAUUAAUUAAAUUAACAUAUCAUGUAAUCAAAAAAGUGAAAAGAAAUUAAACUCAUUUUAAUCAUUUUAAUAUAGCCAAAAAUGCGAAGAAAUAUUAAAAAAGCUAAAAAAUAUAUAAGGAACAAAAGAAAAUAUUUAAGAAUAAAUAUUAAAUAAAGUAAAAUGUAUUAAAUUAUUAUGUAGAAAUAAAAGGAUGUGAUUUAAGUUGAGAAUGAAUAGAAGUAAUUAGAAUAAUGA